UUUCAGGCUACGUUCAAGUUAACUUUAGAAGUUCAAUCCGACUUGGUAGCUCUAUCCAACAUGCCUGUACUUGGUGAGAUAGUGGAUGGUUCUAUCAAGGUUGUCCAUUUUGAGGAAUCACCCCUCAUGUCAACUUAUUUAGUUGCCAUGGUUGUUCGUAUUUUUGAAUUUAUAGAAGGUGUGACGUCACAAGGGACCAAAGCCCGUGUGUACACUGAAGUUGGCAAGUCUAAACAAGGACAGUUUGCAUUGGAUGUUGGAGUGAAGUCAUUGGAUCUAUAUGAUGAGUGUUUAUUUCCUGCCUGUCUAAGUUACUUUGAAACUCCUUAUGCACUCCCUAAGCUGGACAUGAUUGGAAUCCCUGACUUUCCUGUGGCCUUGGAAAACUUUGGAUUGGUCACAAUCGGAGAGGAAGGUUUGCUUUUGGAUGAGACGUCUACAACAUCCACCAAACAGCAGGAAAUUGCAGUUAAUGUGGCACAUGAAUUAGCUCAUCAAUUGUGUGGCAAUCUUGUAACCAUGGAAUGGUGGAAUGACAUAUGGCUAAUAGACUCAUUUUUUCCUCAAUGGAAUAUUUGGCUGAAAUUUCUUGUGGGCACGGUUGAAACUCUUAGAUUGGAUUCAAUGAACGGGUCU